CAAACGAUGCACGUUGUCCUGAGAGGAAUCACGAUCUGGACAUUAUACGCGUUAGCCUCGUGUGUGUCAUUCGCAUGUCCGUCCACUGCCGACCGACUGAAAUGGGAGUUGGUGUUCGACCAAGUUCCAUAUGAAUCAUUUGAGCCGUUCAGCAGUCAAAUGAGAAAGCGGUACCAAAGCAUGAUCGAUGCACAACCCAAGAACAAGUGCGAAUGCACUACUAGGCAUGACUUUAUAGCGCUACAGGAUGACCAUUAUCCCAGUGUUUUGCCAGCUGUCACUUGUCAAGGCAGUAGUUUCUGCCGACCCAUCUUAUAUCCGGUCAGGGUACUUAGCAAAAAAGUCGAAAACAUACGAUCAGGUGAAACUUCCAAGGGGUUGCCGACUGAACUCAUCAAACAAAACUGGCGGUUUAUUCAAAUUAACGUUACGGUGGCGUGUUCUUGUUUGGGUUACUAAUAUUUAUUGUCAAUAAAAUACAAUACAUUUCAUUCAUUAAAAAAUAAAUAAAUCACUAUUAUUAUUAUCAUAAUAACUAUUUACACACAUUUAUAACAUAAAUAUCCACCGAGAUUAAAAUUUUAGAAUCGUGUUUUAUUGAUUUAUCAAAGUAUUUUAAUUAUUCAAGUUAUUA